AGUCAAGUUUAUAUUUAUUUCAGUUGACAAUACAUUUUUGCGCAUUUGAGCACAUACAAUUUUGCUAUUCAAAACAUCGAUAUAUGAAAUCGAUGACUCAGCUUGGGCGAUUGCACAUUUCCAACAAAUCUCGCAAUUACAAUACUCACGACAAUGUCGUCGAUGUCCGUGAACGCAAUCCCGUAUCCUAAGGCGUUAGUUACCAAAUUGGGAACGCAGCUGAUUGCCAAGGACCUUCCGGAGAAGAUUGUCGAGCUGAACGAGCUGCUCGACUCGUCGAUGUUCAAAGAGGUCCAGCAGGAGCAAGGCACUCCGGUCCUGCCUUCGGCUGGCAAGGUGGAAGGCCAAGGCGAUGGCUGCACCCAUGAUCAGCAUCUAAGGAAGCUUGCGCGCCCAGUUCCUUGCGAAAAGGCGGUCUGCGAGAUGAUGGAAGUGGUCAAGCCCAUCCUGCGCACUCUGAUAGCGAAUGCGAAUCUCUUCAAUCUGUGGGUAUCGUCAAUGAUACCGGAAAGAGUGUCCGGUGACAGCCUUGGGGUCUCCAUCCAGAAGCAUGUCCAAGAAGAAAUCGUGAAGGUCCAGUCAGAGGCCGAUGCCUACUUCGAAAAGUUUCUGAAGUACUUCGACACGCGUGCUAAGGCCGCUAGAAUAGCGUCCGAGUAUCCGCACGUGGAGGAGUGCGGAAAACUUGUUGUCGAGAUAGACCAGAUUAAUAUAUUAUAUCUGCAGAACAUUGUCCGCGAGGUGCGCAAUUUCUACUCCUUACUCCACGACCUCGGCACUAAGAACUGGGACAAGCUUCAGAACGGCCAAUCGUCGAAUACCAACGGCUAUCACUGAUCACGCAUACAAUAUAUACUAAACACACAC